CUUAAGAACGCAACAAAUGAUUUUUGUAGGUUGCUUACGCUUGGGGAAGGCGGAUUUGGAAGUGUAUAUAAAGGUUUCAUUAAGCCUCCUGGUGGUCAUGGGGAACGGAUGGUCGUUGCUAUAAAGAGUCUUAACAGGGAUGGCUUCCAGGGUCACAAACAAUGGCUGGCAGAAGUUCAGUUUCUCGGUGUUGUUGAGCACCGAAAUCUUGUAAAACUUAUUGGAUACUGUGCUGUAGAUGGUGAACGAGGCAUCCAACGAUUACUCGUAUAUGAAUUCAUGCCAAACAAGACCUUAGAAGAUCAUCUUUUCAACCAAGCUAUUCCAGUUCUUCCCUGGCAAACAAGAUUAAAGAUAGUACUUGGUGCAGCCCAAGGAUUGGCAUAUCUGCAUGAAGAUUUGGAACUCCAGGUAAUAUAUCGGGAUUUUAAAUCAUCAAAUGUGCUACUGGAUGAGGAUUUCAAACCAAAGCUAUCAGACUUUGGACUUGCAAGGGAGGGACCAGCAGAUGGACGCUCUCAUGUAUCUACAGCGGUGGUGGGGACAUAUGGGUAUGCCGCUCCGGAUUACCUUCAGACGGGCCAUCUCACAACCAAGAGUGAUGUAUACAGCUUUGGUGUGGUUCUAUAUGAGAUCCUUACAGGUAGACGAUCAUUGGAUAGAGACCGUCCAAGAUCGGAGCAGAAACUUUUGGAGUGGGUGAAACAGUUCCCUCCUGAGAGUAAGAGGUUCAGCAUGCUAAUGGACCCACGGCUUCAAAACCAGUAUUCUCUAAAUGCAGCAAGGAAAAUUGCCAAAUUGGCAAACAAUUGCCUGUGUAAGAAUCCAAAAGAACGUCCAUCGAUGAGCACGGUUGUAGAAAGAUUGAAGCAAGCAAUCCAAGCUGCAGAAGACAGGAACACUCCUCAGAAGAGUUCUGAUUCCUCUGGAAUCCACCCGGUUGAUUCUGAUGAAUAAGUCAGAUCCAGUUGGCAUCUCUGAAUCUGCGAAGAGGCGGAUAGCCCACCUGGCCAAAGUUUAAAUAUGUGAAUAUCAUAGAUAUAAUGGAGUCAAUUCUCUACUUCUCUCAGGGUUCUUUACUAAGAUUACAAAGGAAGAAGGCUGCUAGAAGGGAUAUAAGUUUGCCAGAGUACAAAACUCUCCCCAACCGCUCCCCCCGCCCUCUAUUUUUUUCGUUUGUUUGAGAAACCCAUGAAACCAAAGCGGCUAUUUUACAAAUUUUGAAUCUGUUUUGUAAGUCAAUUAAACAGUUAAUGUAAUUAUAUAAUCUAAUUCUUGUUAAAUAUGUUUUGAACUAUUACCUAAAGAAAAUGUAUUGAUUUGUUCAUAGAACCAGUUAGUACUUUCAGAAUU